AUGAACACCAAAAAAAUCCUUAGUACUCCUAUUUGGUAUAAAUUCGAAGGUCGUCACGCAAAUAAAAUAAUUGAAUUUCCUGGCGAUGAUUUUAUUGAUUUUCUUGAAGCAGUGAAGACAAAAGAAGGACUUUCAUGUAGUGCAUCAACAUUGACUCUACGUGCGAAAAAGGAAACUGUUAUAUAUACCUUAAAUGAAACAAAUUUUCAAAACGACUUUUCUGAAUUUGUUAAGGCAUUUGAGAUCAGUAAACAAAAUCCAAUAGAAGUGAUGUUUUCAAGUGAAGAUCAAGGAUCAAUUUCUUCUACUGGUACUCAAGCUGAGAGAGAUGAAAAAACAUAUAAAUCAUUAUCUUCAUGGCAGAAGAAGAAAUAUAACAAGCUGGCUAAUGAAAAUAUGAAGGCAAUGUAUUUAAAAUUUAUUCGUGAAGAGCUUGAAGCUGUAGGUGAAGAUCAAGGAUCGACCUCUUCUACUGGUUCUCAAGCUGAGAGAGAUGAAAAAACUUAUAAAUCAUUAUCUUCAUGGAAGAAAAAGAAAUAUAACAGGUUGGCUAAUGAAAAUUUGAAAGCAAUGUAUUUACAAUUUAUUCGCGAAGAGCGUGAAGAAAAUUCAUAUUUUAAAUUCAAAAAUCAAGACGAUGAAUCAAUCAAAAGGUUUUUGCUUAUUUUAAUUGCAGCUGUUUAUGGAAUACAUCUUAUAGUUAUUUUAAUUAGAAUUGGUUUAUUUUAUGAUAUAGAACAUUUUGAUCGAAUAUAUUAUUUUAUUUUAGUUCCAGUAGCUUUUGGGAUAUUAAUUAGCGUAUUAAUGGGAAUAUUUGUUGUUUCGACAAAUAUAGCUAUUUCUUGGGUAGAUGCAGGUUUGGAAUGGUCAGAAAUACACUAUAAGUUAGCUCGGCAUUAA